AUGGGCAAGCUCUCUCUCUCUCUCUCUCUCUCUCAGAUCAUCUUCUACGAGGGCCGUAACUUCCAGGGCCGCCACUGGGAGUGCAACAGCGAUUGCAUGGACACCUUCAAGCACUUCAACUGCUGCAACUCCAUCCGCGUCAGCGGCGGCCACUGGGUCGGGUACGAGAAGCCCAACUUCAUGGGCUACCAGUACAUCCUGAACCAGGGCGAGUACGCCGACUACCACAGCUGGAUGGGCUACAACAACUGCAUCCGCUCCUGCCAGAUGUAUCCCCCCUACAGGGGCUCCUACAGGAUGAGGGUGUACAACAGGCCUGAGAUGAUGGGCCCGAUGAUGGAGUUCAUGGAGGACUGCCCCAACGUGUACGACCGCUACCACCACCACGACAUCUUCUCCUGCCACAUCAUGGAGGGCUACUGGAUCUUCUACGAGCACCCCAACUACAGGGGCCGCCAGUACUUCAUGCGCCCCGGCGAGUACAGGGCCUGCAGCGACUGGGGCUGCCACAACCCCAUGAUCGGCUCCUUCAGGAGGAUGAGGAGCAGCGUUUUCCUCUUCCUCCAGAUCAUCUUUUACGAGGACAAGAACUUCCAGGGCCGUCACUAUGAGUGCAGUAUCGACUGCUCCGAGAUGCACAGCCACGUCAGCCGCUGCAACUCCAUCAAGGUGGAGAGCGGCAGCUGGGUGGCCUACGAGAAGUCCAACUACAACGGCUACCAGUACCAGCUGAACAAGGGCGACUACCCCGACUACCAGCGCUGGGCCGGCUUCAAUGACUGCAUCCGCUCCUGUCGCAUGGUGCCUUCCUACCGUGGCAACUUCAAGAUCAAGGUGUUCGAGCGCUCAGACUUCAUGGGUCAGAACAUGGAGCUGAGUGAGGACUGCCCCGACCUGAUGGAGCGUUUCCACACCCGCGACAUCUCCUCCCUCAAUGUGAUGGAGGGCUACUGGAUGCUCCACGAGCACCCCAACUACAGGGGCCGCCAGUAUUUCCUGAGCCCCGGCGAGUACAGGAGGUACAGCGAGUGGGGAAGCUCCAGCCCCACCUUCGGCUCUCUGAGACGCUUCACCGAGCCCAUCUGA